AUGAGCGAAAGCAGGCGCAGUUCCAUAUCCAGCGUAUGGUCUGACGACAACCAAGCCCCGUGUUCGCGGUAUUCCCUUCCAAGAGCCUCUUCUCGGUUCUGGAAAUACGCCACAUUGCUUAUUCUAGGCUUCGCUGCUAUUGUCCUCUUCUCGACAAAAUCAUCGGUUUCGAGCAAAAUCCUACCAACACAUGUUCCGCAUCUUGGUUCCGUUCCCACUUCGUCUGCACCCGCGCUGUCAUCACAGUCUUCCCCACGCAUCGGCAAAGUAACUGCCUCAUUCGGGCCGGAAGAUCCCGUCUACGAAGCCGGCAUCGCUUCUCACCAGGUUCACAAUGACCUCCACGGAUACCCUGAGUUCAUACUCCGCGAACGCAUGCUGCCUGGUCUUUGGUCCAAACAUGCCUUCCUCCUCGCGAUUCUUGGAGCCGAACUUGCCAAGCCAGCUGCGGAACGGUUGGAGUGGCUUUUCUGGCAUGACCGCGAUACGAUUCUGAUGAAUCCCAAUGUUCCGUUGCAAGUCUUCUUGCCCCCAGACCAAAAGAUCAAUUUGGUGGUGACGAAUGAUCGACAUGGUCUUAACAACGGCGUCUUCCUCAUUAAAGUAAACGAGUGGGCGAUACGUCUCUUCUCGGCAGCAUUGAGCCUGAAGGAGUAUAAUCCUGAUAUACAGUUGAAGUAUAGUGAGCAAAGUGCUAUGGAAGAGACUAUCAAACGUCCCGUCCUGGAUCUCUACUCAUCCACUUCGCUUCAAAUCGAGACGGAAAGCGUCCGGAGAGGAUGGCUUACUGGAGCGAUAUAG